GCCGGAAGUGGAAAGACGAGGAGUAGGUGUUGAGCUGUCCAGAGGGCUUUAACGUUGGGGCUGGGGGCUCAUUGUUUCUAAAAUCUCCGAGGUCGUGGGGUGGAUAUAUUACCCACUUUACGAGAAGAGAUUAGAGUGCGCUCGGGGGCGUGUUUCUAGUGUGUUUCUUCUGCUUUGACUGGGGACUCUGAAACCAGUUCUCUUGUCUUCUGCUUAAUCAGACACCAUGGAGGCACCUCCAGUCACCAUGAUGCCUGUCACUGGAGGCACCAUUAAUAUGAUGGAGUACCUGCUGCAGGGAAGCGUUUUAGAUCACAGUUUGGAAAGCCUCAUCCACCGCCUUCGGGGUUUGUGUGACAACAUGGAACCUGAGACUUUCCUUGACCAUGAGAUGGUAUUCCUCCUUAAGGGCCAGCAGGCUAGUCCAUUUGUUCUAAGGGCCCGGCGUUCUAUGGAUAGGGGAGGGGCACCCUGGCAUCUGCGCUACCUGGGACAGCCGGAAAUGGGAGACAAGAACCGCCAUGCCCUGGUGCGAAAUUGUGUAGACAUUGCAACAUCUGAGAACCUCACUGACUUCUUGAUGGAAAUGGGAUUCCGCAUGGACCAUGAGUUUGUCGCCAAGGGUCACUUGUUCCGCAAGGGUAUCAUGAAGAUUAUGGUGUAUAAGAUCUUCCGCAUCCUGGUCCCAGGAAACACAGACAGCACUGAAGCCUUGUCACUUUCCUAUCUUGUGGAACUGAGUGUCGUUGCACCAGCUGGGCAGGACAUGGUCUCUGAUGACAUGAGGAACUUUGCCGAGCAGCUGAAACCUCUGGUUCACCUAGAGAAAAUAGACCCCAAGAGGCUCAUGUGACUAAGACAGUCUGUCUGCCACUGGGGCCUGUCCUCACCUGUUACAAAAAAGAAGAUGUUAUAAAUGUCCCAUUUCACCAUUGCCAGCCAGACAUUCUUCCCCCAGAAAGGAGGACAGUGAGGACUUAACUGGUUCUUGACACUGUUUUCCUCAUGGGGCAAGUUCACCUUUGUGACAGCCUUUCCGAAUUAAAGGCUUAGGAUAACAUGGAGAAUCUAUCCAGUCACUCUGUAUAAAGAGAGGAAACUGGAAUAAAUUAGCUUUUAGAAAGGAAGAUCUUUUAAUUGUUUUGUUAUUUGUGUAUAAGGUUUAUAAAGGAGGGACUGCGAGUGUAUUGUGUGGUAAUAAAGACUAUGAAGAGAAACA